AUGAAGACUAAAGACAAUAAAGUGGCCUUGUACGCCAUCAGCGCCGUGUACUUCGCGGGCGUCAUGGUGCGGCUCAUGCUAACGCUAACCCCCGUGGUCUGCAUGCUGUCGGCCGUGGCCUUCUCCAGCGUCUUCGAGCACUACAUGGGGGACGACACCCGACGAGAGAAGCCCCCUGCGGAGGACAGCAGCGACGACGACGACAAGAGGAACUCUGGGAACCUCUACGAUAAGGCCGGGAAAGUGCGCAAACACGUGUCUGAGCAGGAGAAGAGUGAGGAGGGUCUGGGUCCAAACGUGAAGUCCAUCGUGACGAUGCUGAUGCUGAUGCUGCUCAUGAUGUUCGCCGUCCACUGCACGUGGGUCACCAGCAACGCCUACUCCAGCCCCAGCGUGGUCCUGGCCUCCUACAACCACGACGGGUGA